AUGUACAACAUUUCAUCUAGUCACACGACUAGUAGCGGAAUUAACUCCAAUUGCUUUGCCUCUCAUUUACGUCAAUUACACAUUCCUCAAAUCAUUUCAUCCACAACUCAUCACACUCUCCAAACAAAAAUCAUUCCUUUAAAAUCGAACGAGAACGUCAUUCCUUCUCGAUACAUUUCUCCACUUCUCACAGGUCAACGAGAACACCUCUCUUUCGGAGGACAUGUUUAUGUGAAAUGUUCGAAUUUGGAUGAAAUGUUUACAUGGAGUGAAUUGAAUUUUCAUUCACGUAAUGAUGAAGAUACCAUGAUGGAAAAUCAUUCUCGAAUUCUUUGUUCCAUCUAUCAAUGUGUCAUGCAUUCUAAAAAGUAUCGUUGUAAAGCUCAAAUUCGUUUCUAUCCUUCUAUUCAUACCUAUGUGCACGUGCAUUCACAUGGAAAUCAUCCAAUGCCUUCUCCUCAAUUUGUCAUGACUUUGGAAGAUGAAGAAAAUGAAGAAUUCUUUCAAAAUCUCUCUCAUCAUGAAGAGGAAGCAAACACUUCUCAUUCCACGUCGUCCAUGAUAGAAUUAUUAUAUUCCACGAAAACAUUGUCACAAGUUUACAAAAAUCCAAUUUACACCAAAACCAAACGAAGCUCUGAAUUUCUCAAAACGUUUUUAACCAUUCCCAAUGUGCUGCUUCAAUUUUCAUCACCUGAACAAUUCCACUAUAUUGAACAAUUGACAGAUCGUGAUCAUUUAUAUGUGGAUGGUCCUCUUGAAUUGUUCACACCAGACACUCGAUUCAUGUUCAUCUUUUUUGUGAGAAAAGAAGGUUCCCUUAAUACCAUUCCAUGUUUGUAUUCGUUUUUGAAUGAAAUUUCUGAUUCGAGUUACAAGACACUUUUUGGAAAUUUGGAAAUGUUCAUGAUGAAACCGUUGGGUGUUGAGAAUUAUUUGGAACAUAAGAAACAGAGAGGACGAUUACAAAUUUCAUGUGAUUUUGAUCCAUCGAUGAGAAGUGCAUUGAAUUUGGUAUUUAAAACGGUCGAUGUGGUUGGAAAUGAAAAUGUGUUGGUGAGUGCUGUUGAGAGAUUUAUUGAGGCACAGGAUCAAGUUCCAAGUUCGUCGGAUGUUUCAUGUUCGAACGUGUUGAAAGCAUUCCCAGAGAUUCGAAUGAGCUUCUUUGAAGAUUUGAAGAAAUUAAGUAAAUUGACACAACGAGAUCUCUUUUUGAGAAAACGAUAUGAAUUUGAGUUGAAAUGGAGUCAUUUAGUUGGAAAUGAAGUGAUGAACUUUUUAAGGGAAUAUUUUUUUGGAUUUGAAGGAGAAUUCUCAGUCAUGAAUUCUCAAUCCGACCCUUCCAAUGAUUAUGGUUCAAAAAAACGUACAAGUGUGUAUGAACCUCAUACUUGGUCGUGUGCUUUUAAUCCAAACAUUGCAGAAUGGAAUGUCACUUCGGAUCAUGUCGUGUUACAUAAUCAAUUAUUUUUCCAACUCUUCUCAGUGAACGAACUGAACGAACGAUUCACCACGUGGCACGAAUUAAUUGAUCUACUCAAAGAAUUGGAAUUUAAAUUGUUUAAGGAACCGCUGGAAUUUUCACAAAAUCCUCUCCAUGUCUUGAAAUGUGUAUCAGAACUUGUUGAAAAUUGUAAAACAAGACACGUCCUCCACUAA